UUGUUUUGUUUGGGGUUUGAGGCCAGACAGACAGAAUCCAUUAAUUUUUAAACAAAGGACCACGUUUCAGGACAUUCAUCCCGAGGUCAACAAGCGGCGGCAUCAUCAGACAGACCGUCAAGUGAAAGUUUCUGAGCUUAGUCGCAUUUCAAGAGCAGUUGCGGCCAGACAUGAAUAAGCGCAACAACAUUCGGCUGCCGCCGGAGGUGAAUCGGUUGCUAUAUGUGCGCAAUUUACCAUAUAAAAUCACAUCGGACGAGAUGUAUGAUAUAUUUGGCAAAUUUGGUGCCAUACGACAAAUACGCGUUGGCAAUACGCCGGAGACUCGUGGCACGGCUUUUGUCGUCUACGAAGACAUCUUCGAUGCGAAGAACGCCUGCGAUCAUUUAUCCGGCUUCAAUGUGUGCAAUCGCUACCUCGUCGUCCUCUAUUAUCAGUCCAACAAGGCCUUCAAGCGGGUGGAUGUGGACAAGAAGCAGGAGGAACUCAACAAUAUCAAAUCCAAAUACAAUCUAAAAACGCCGGAAGCACCAUAAAAGUGCGCUUAUUCAAAUUUCCACAUACAAUUUCACUAUGUACAGUAUGUCAAAAGAUGCUUAUGACAAAGAAAAAUAUGCGUUAAAUUAAAUGUUUUUGACUUUUUCUUUUUUAAUUAAACAUGUCUAUGAACAAGUUUAACAACACGUAAAUUCUAAGAUCCAUUUGUUUAAAUGUGCAUAUUGUGCUUUGUCAACACAAUUAUUUGACUUACUGUAUAUAUUUAUGUACAUUUUUAAUUUAAAAAAAAACUGCCUCAAAAAAUUUGUACUUUUAACAACAAUUUUGCUAUCUACUUGUAGAGAUUUUCUAAGAUUUUGUAUCAUCAUUUUAAAGUCAACAUCUCACAUCAUCUCAUCCAUCACAAUCACAUCUAACUUUUUGAAUAUUUCAAGCAUUAACGGAAAUAUUCAAAUCGUU